AUGCAUUUCAGCGCAGCCGCCUUUGUCUCGACAAGACCAGCCCCGGGAUUUGAUAGCGACCAAGCUCAAUUCCUACGUUAUCUCACUGUUGGGCUUCGCCCACACCAAAAGAAGGCGCACUUACUGCGCCUUUGGAAUGAAGCCUGUCAUUCAGGACACGUUGUGCUUGCUGCGUCUAUCGCCGCGUACGUUCACGAGGAAGAACCUCCUCAGCCUCAUCUUCGUGCACCCUUUAACUUCAACUCUCUCUCCGACUCGGAUUGUGUUGCCAAGUUUCGAUUUGGAAAAGCUCAUAUAGAAUCCCUAGUUGCGCACUUUGAAUUUGACACAAUACGGACUCGUGAACGCACUGCAGCAACUGGAGUAGAAGGCCUGUGUGUUGUUCUUUAUAAAUUGGCGGUUCCGAUACGGGUGCGAACUGGAAUCGUUUUUUGGGCGAAAGUCUAG